AUGGCUGGGACGCUUGGAAUCCACCUGGACAAGACAGGAACAAUGUCUGUUCUCUCUGGGCUGACAGAGGAAAUGUCCCACCCCCUGGCGGCUCCGGCCUGGCAAGAUGGGCGUACUGUGGACACCACUGUCUUUGUUCUUCCUAUUUGGGGGCCUGCUUCCCUGAGGACCCAGGAACACCCCAGAUGCCCAGAUCCCAGGGAACUGGAAGCCAGCAAAAUUGUUCUCCCACCCAGUUGUCCUGGAACCCCAGGAAGUCCUGGGGAGAAAGGAGCUCCAGGUCCCCAAGGUGACAGAUGCUGGGGAGGUGGCCGGGCCCUUGGGGAACCUGGGGAGAUGGGUCCCAAGGGUGAGCCGGGAGAUCCGGGGAAUAUGUUCCGGUGCCGUGAAGGCCCCAGGAGCUGUCAGGAGUUGCUGAGGCAGGGCGCCACCUUGAGUGGCUGAUAUCACUUGUGUCUGCCCGAGAGCAGGAUCCUCCCAGUGUUUUGUGCCAUGGACACCGCAGGGGGCCGCUGGCUGGUGUUCCAGAGGCGACAGGAGGGUUCUGUGGAUUUCUUCUGUUCGUGGUCUUCUUACAAAGCAGAUUUUGGGAGCCAGGAGUCUGAAUCCUGGCUGGGGAAUGAGAAUUUGCACCAGCUCGCUCUGCAAGGUACCUGGGAGCUUCCUGUAGAGCUGGAGGACUUUACCGGCAACCACUUCUUUGUGCACUAUGAGACCUGCCUCCUUGGGGAGAAAGACCACUACCAGCUGGCACUGGGCAAGUUCUCAGAAGAUACUGCCUGUGAGCCAGGCAUGGUUUGGGGUGCUAAAGCAGAUGCUGACCAGGAUUCAAAGGAGGGCAACUGUGCAGUGACUGCCCAUGGUGCCUGGUGGUAUGGAUCCUGCUACCAUUCUAAUCUCAAUGGGCUCUAUACAGUGUCUACUUGCCCCCAAGUGCGGCAUUGACUGGGGCUCAGGCCAACGUGUGAACCACAACUACCACAAGGUUAAGAUUCGCUAGGGCAGCCUUAUCUGUUCUGUGCAGCUUCCGGACCCUCAGCCACCUCCCCACUGCCAACGGCCUCUGCUUCCCUGUCUACAUCUAAAAAUAAAUCAUUUUAAUCCUUUCCUGGCUUUUGGGACUCUCACUUACUGGGCAAAAAACCCUAAAAGGCAGAACAGGGAUAUAAAUUCCCAUAAUUCUCAACUGUCUUCUAAUCAGGAAGAUGGAAGGGACAGCCUUCUAAGGUAAUGAGGCUUCUGUCCCCAGAAGUGUGUAAGAGAAGGCCAAAGGGGUUUCCAGGAGGGAGACUAGCAGGAAUUCAAGCAUUUUUGG